ACGACGGCAAGCCCCCCGAGCCCGCCCGGCCGCGCAAGACCACUGAGUACUCCCGCAGUGACGACAGCAAGAUCUCCAGCCUGCUGCGGCGGCUGUAUCGGGACGAGGCACCAGAGAAACACCAAGCCACGGCCCGCGCCUUGCAGGAGGCGGUGCUGCAGCCGGAGAAUGGCCGCUACGUGCGCCGCGCCUCUGACUACCUGCUCAGCUGGCUGCAGGACGCGCUGAAGACGGCGCCUGGCGCCGCCUGCAAGCUGCAGGUGGCCGGCGUCAUCGGCCGGCUCUGUCUGGUGCUGGCUGCAGCCAGCGACGCCAAGCGGUUUGUCAUUUGGAUUUUCGACCGUUUCAAGCAGGCGAGCUCGCAGAAUAUGAAGAAGUACUACCUGGCCUCGCUGGAGGAGGCGUUCCGCCUGGACGAGUCGCGCAGCUUGGCGCCUGUGGCAGACCUGGUGCUGGAACAGCUGCAGGCCUGCCUGGAGGCGCAGGACAGCGCCGACCUCAUGCAGGCGAACGUCAGCUGUCUGAUGACGGCCCUGCAGCGUCACCCGACCGCCUUCCAGCCCCACUUCAAGGACACGGUCGACAUCCUGGUGGGCUGGCACAUCGACCCGUCGCAGCCGCAGUGGGUGGGACAGCUGGCCUCGCGCUCGCUGCGCCAACUGCGCCAGUUCUGGACGGCUGACGCCGCCUUCGGCGUCCUGCUGACUGGCCAGUUCAUCGAGGACAUGGAGAGCUACGCCCAGGAGCUGGUGGAGCUCGACGACCAGCCGGACCCGGACGACGAGACGCAGCUUCUCUGUCAAGAGUCCGCCUCGAAAAUCGUCGAGCUGAUCAAGGUGUUUACGUCGGUGAUGGUGGCGCUGGGCGAGGCGGCCGGGCCGGCGCCGGGCACAGAGCUCGGCUGGCCCGCGUGCGGGCACAACCUACGCGUCAUCGUCGGCUGCCUGUUGGCUGUCGGUCGGCGCCAUCACUCGGACCAGCUGGUCGUCACAGGGUGUGCGGCGCUGGGCCACCUGGUGACGCUGCUGGGCCAGCGGCUAGGCGCCGAUGUGGCCCACCUGAUGACGUUCGUGGACGAGGUGCUGGCGCGCCUGGCCGGACUGGCCGACCUCACGCUGGUGGCCGUCUGUCGCCUGCUGGAGACGGUACUGAGGCAUUCCAGCACGGUGUUACCGGCAGAUCUCAUGAACCGACUGUUUGGCCGUCAGUCUCCGCUGCGGGACCUCCGGCUGUCGCCCUCAGAACAGGUCCGUAGCGCCGUGCUCGCCACGUACCACGCGGCGCUCGGGCUCAAGAACGUGCCACUGCUGCAAGACGUGUACCGCCACGUGCUCAGCGACCUGCACGCCAGCUUCCUGGCGCUCACCGGCAUCCCUACCGACCUGGUCACGGCCGAUGACGUCACGGCCGGUGACGUCAGACGGCCGUCAGAGGGGCUGCAGCUGGUGACGUUCUCGCUGCAGGCGCUGGCCGAGCUGGCGAGCACACGCAACUCCAUCAUCGGCUUGUGGGCGCUAAAUCCGAGCAUCGUCGACCUGCUGGCCGUGUCGCUGCGGCCGGACGACGAGCGGCUGGCGCGCCAGCACCCGCUCGUCCGGCACAUGGUGGUGACGCUGCUCUACUCGCACUGCUCCAAGCACCGGCACUUUCUGAGCACGAGUCGGCUGAUGCGGACGGAGCGCAGCACACCGGCGCUGGCGCCCUCCACCGGACACAAUCUGGGCACGCUGCUGGGCUUACUGGGCCGUCUGCUGCGCCAGCCGGAGUCGCUAGCGGACACGGACCGGCUCUGCCUGCUCUGGACGGCACAGUUGGUGGAAGCGGCCGCGGCCGGCGGCUACACAGACCAGCUGCUGCGCUCGGCCGAGCUGGCCAGCCUGACGUCGGCCGUCGCUGAACGGGCUACCUCCCGACACCGGCCGCUCUCCGAGCUAGCGGCGCGCGCUUGCCGCCGCCUGCUCGACGCGCUCGGCUGGAGCAAGGUGACAGCACCGCUGCGCCGGCGCCUCUGCGAGGCAGUGACGUCAGACCGGCUGGAGUGA